AUGGACACCAAAGUGGCACCAAAGUGGCACGAAAGUGGACCACCGGCAGCAAAGAAACCUACAACCGAAAGAGAUAGAAACCAGAUUAGAGCAAAAGAAAUGGUAAUUUCGACGCAUAAGCGAAUAUAUAAGACACAGGAAGAAUCUGAAGCAGCAUUCAUUAACUGUAACGUGGAUCCUGUACCAAACAGUAUUGAAUGGAAAAGAGACAAAAGAUCACCACCAGAGACAAGAGUUCUUAUUGACAAUAAUAAAUACUUUUCUGGUGUGGAAGCGCCUACACUUGUGAUAAAAAACCCAAACAAGCUAGUGGAUGAAGGUUACUACCAAUGCACGGCAGAAGCCAAUGGAAAAUCAGUGUAUGGAGAUGUUGUACAACUUAAAGUGUUUGCUGUCGAACCAGGAGUGAGCAGAGCAAACACCAUCAUACCAAGCCAUUCGUCCUUGACAGAGCAUGAACUGAACCAGCCAACACCAGCCAUGCAUGCUUCUGUCGACCAAGGUAGCCAGAUGUCGUUUAAAAUACCAGAAGACAUUGAUUUAAACAGACAAAAGUCAAAAGAAGAUGUUUCUGAUGUAUUUGAAAGAGUUACUCAUGCCAAAAAACGAGCGAAGACAGGAGAAUUUGGAAAAGGAAGCGUAAUAAUAUGUAUAGAUAUAUCGCCUGCCAGUAAUUCAUCAGAACCAUCUUCGUUACAUCUGGCUGAAGAGUUCAAACAUUAUCUGUUAGAUGGUGGAACUAUUCAAUUAACUGACGAAUCACAAACAGUGUUACAUGUAGACAAAGAAGCUAGUUUCAAGAUAACACCACAAACUGCUGCUAAAGAUAGUUUUCCGUAUGUGAACAUCAGCCAUGGUGAGUUCACUGUUCCCAUCGAGAAAACAGCCAUCAUCCAAACCUACGUCAUAGCAUCACCAGAGGCUACUCCAAUUCAGUGGUAUAAAGUAGAAGAAGAUAACCGCAUUCCAAUAGAAAUAGACAAUGAAAGAUACUUUGCAGGUUCUAUUAUAUCCCCCACAUUGAUUAUCCGUGAGACAAACACUGAUGAUCAAGGAUGGUACCAGUGCUCAGCUACCAAUAGUAAAGGAACUGGUUGAAGCAACAUGUCGGUUCUGUUCGUACAACCUGGUACUGUUGCUGUGAUGGAAGACGUUACUGCUGUGAGUGAAGACGUCACUGCUGUGAAGCAAGAAGUACCUACUGUGAGUGAAGACGUCACCGCUGUGAAGGAAGAA